UUAGUACCUAUAACAGCUGUUAAAAAAUGUAUUUUUUUCAUGAUAAAUCUAAACAAAAUAUCUUUUUAAAUAGAUAGGAAUAUAAAAACUUGCUAGAAACAUAAAAUCUAUUAUAGGAUCUGCUAAAUUAAACAAAACAAAACUGUUGCCAACGCGCACAAAAAACCCCACACGUUUUCACAAAGAAAAACAUAUAGACAACCAUGAGCCAUUUGGGCCUAACGGAUGUGCACCAAUCCCAGGAUGCCACUCCGGACUUGGAAUCCUUCACUGGCUUUGGUAACUCCGCCGCAGAGGCUUUUAUCCAGAGUCUCGCAGGAAUGGUGAAUCAGGGGGAUGUGGAAACCAUGAUAAGGGCUCAAAAGCAAAUGCUGCAACGCUUCGAAAAAACCAAUGAGAUGCUCCUAAACUGCAAUGCCCUGUCUCAAAGUCGCCUGAAAAGCGCCAGCGAGGAUUUCAAAAGGCAUGUAAAAUGCCUAAAUGACAUGAAGAAGGAUCUGGACUACAUAUUCCGAAAGAUACGGGUCAUCAAGCAGAAGCUGCAGUUGCAGUUUCCCGCCAUAUAUGCCGAAGUGCAGCCGCAAAGGAGCAGUUUGGCGGAGGAAGCAGAGGAUGACACGGAAGCCCAGGCCAAAAAGGCCACAGAAGCACCAGCUCCAUCGGCAGGAAAACCUAUCCUACCCACUGCAGCUACCAAGAAAAGUGCUGCCACCAUUGAGUAUGUGCAAAUGGAGGAGGCCGUGGACAAUGGCACCGUCGAGAUCGAAAACGAGCUGAUCAAACGCGUUUGCUCCGUGGAAACGGCCAAUCCUAAUGACUCCUCCGACUGCACUUCUGAGGAUACAGGUUGAACAGCUCUACCCUUAUUAGUUACCUUUAGUUUAACAGUGUAUUUAUAAUGUAUAAUAACUUAUUGGUUUAAAUUUAAUCCGCUACAUCCAAGGA